UAUGAAAAGUUAUGGUUACGGCCGGUGAAUUUAAUUUCACGUACCGAUAAGAAGUGGAGCGAAUAAAACCAUUCACACGCCGAAUCAUGAGAUUGUAAAAUAUGAAUUAUAUUUUGUAUACUUUUUUGGCUCUCUUGACUGCAACCUCGUCCGUAUCUUCACGAACAUCGGUCCAAUGGAACCCCAACUUGAGUUCUGCUGAAAUCAAGCUGAACAGGGCCUUCAAUCCUGCUGCAAUAGACAUGGAUUAUGUCGGAGACAGCGUCGAAAGGAGACUUUCACCGAGGACUGCUGAAGUAACUGAUAAGGAGAGAACAAGAACGGACCCCGAUUCGUCCCCAAUUGUCGUGUUCAUUAAUGACCCUGAGGUCUUCGAGGACUAUCGGAAGAUGAAGAAAAGAAAUCAAGGAACAUCAUCAGAAAGUGACAACAGAGUCAGUUACAAAGAUAUCCUGCAGUUCCUUAUCCAAGUGGACGCCCGACUCAAGGAGCAAGAAGGGCGCCCGAUCAACCUUAAUUCGCUCGAAAACGUCAAGCUAAUUAACUUCUUUCGAGAUUUCCGAAGACGUAACGACGGAGAAUACAUAGACGAUGAUUCAGAAUCAGAAGAAGAGAGCAAGAAAUUUAAGGAAGAAAGUAAAAGUAGCAUAGAGCGUCCACCCGAGAAACGUAAGAAGCCAGUUCUGAGCGAGGAGAGGUAUUCUAAGCCGAGAGUGAAAGUGGGCCGUCAGAAAAAUGACGUCCCGGUAAAAAGAUUCAACUUUUUAAGGACGUCAAAACCGUAUGUAGGUAAACGGGGUAUUUAUGAGGAGAAAUAAAUUAUUUGAAUAA